AUGUUUGAGGCAAAUGAAACAUCUGAACAACGUAAAAAAAGAUUAGCCAGAGAGAGAAAAAGUAAAUCCAGAAAAAAACAAAAGAAUGAUAAUACAGAAGAGAUAGAAAUCAUAAAAGCAAGCUGUACUUCUCCAAUACUUAUGAUGUGUUGUGCCAAUGGUAAAAUCCACUUACCACCUUUACUUCAACCCCCACCAUAUAUAUUGGAUCUGUAUACUUCAUCGGCUUCAAAUGCAGAUUCUUUUUUCUAUCAUCGUAUCGGUCAAUUAUUGCCAGAUGAAGGUCAUUCGCCUACAUUUGCCCAACUAUACAUAUAUGAUACUGCACAUGAAAGUCAAAACUGA